AUGCGUUUUGAAAAGAACUACUGCAGCAAUAUUUCUAACAUUGCAUUUACAUCUCUAGGUGGGGAACGCAUUCACAAAUCCAAGAGCAAAACAAGAGCUCAGAACGAUUGCAUCUCAACCUGCUGACAAUUUUGUGUUUGAAGUGGGAAGCUUUGAUGCUCUUGACAAAAUAAGGGACAACUUGCAGGCCAAAAUUUUUUCCAUUGAAGGAUCACAAAGUGAUGGAGAGACGCUGAAACAGGAAAUGUCUCAAGAAGGCUUCAGAGCAGCUUAUGUGUCUGGGUAUAUUCAGAUGACUAUGGUUGGUGCUAACCAGUGGAAAGGAGGCUACAAGAAAUAUUUGCUUAGUAAUGUUUUAAACAACGUCACAUUUGAGCCAUUGUCCAUUGAGCCUGACAGUUACCUUGGUUAUUCCAUGGCUGUUGCUAAAACCAACGCUGGUCCACUGACAAUUCUUGGUGCUCCAAGAAACCAACACAAAGGAUUUGUUAUGACAGUUUUCAAUGAAGCACAGGAAGAUCAAAUAAGACCCUUUCAAUCACAGAUGGCAGCACCUCCUCGUCAACAGUGCGUCAGGUCAGCUGUCUGGCUGCACGCGUACACCUUUGGCGUGCAUGUGCACGUUCCCCGUGGAUGGAAAAGACCGUUGCUAUGGGUUACUGGUUGCAGUUCCGAAUAAGACCCCCCCAGUUCCAAUCAGUUAUAAACACAACUGUAAGGACCGAAAAGGCAGAAGUUCUGAAAGACAAAAUAAACACGUCAG